AUGCUUUCCAGAACCUUGUUAAAAAGAAUCUUGGCUUCCCCCGCACGUUUCAACUCGACCCCUAAAACGGUUGUUCCCUUCAGGUUCUACUCCUUCACCCAAGCAGAGCAACCACGAAUCAGAAUCGGGUCCACGGCACCCAACUUCCAAGUCGAGACGACCAAGGGCGCAAUUGACUUCCACGAGUACGUCAAUGGCAACUGGGUCAUCUUGUUCAGCCACCCCGCGGACUACACGCCGGUGUGCACCACGGAAUUGGGCGCGUUCUCGAGAUUGAAACCCGAGUUUGAUAAGCGCGGAGUUAAAUUGAUUGGUUUAUCUACCGAGGGAGUCGAGUCUCACCAAGGCUGGAUCAAGGAUAUCGAGGAAGUUGAAACUAAUGGCGACGCAUUCCAGUUCCCCAUCAUUGCCGACGGUAAGAGGGAAGUUGCCUACAAGUACGAUAUGGUCACUGAGGACGAUUUCAAGAAUUUGCAAGCUGGUAAGCCUGUUGCUACUGUUCGUACUGUGUUUAUUAUUGACCCCGCAAAGAAGAUUAGGUUGAUUAUGACUUAUCCUGCUAGCACCGGUAGAAACACCGAGGAGGUCAUUAGAGUCAUUGAUGCGUUGCAGUUGGCUGAUGGCAAGGGCAUUGCUACCCCUGUCGAUUGGACCGUGGGCAAGGAGGUGAUUAUCCCACCUACUGUCAGUGAUGAGGAUGCAAAGGCCAAAUUUGGCGAUUUCAGAAAAGUCAAGCCUUAUUUGAGAUACGCCAAGGUUGACUAG